AGACGCUCUUCCUCCUUGGUCUGCCUGUAACAGUCUGUGAUGUCACUACACGGCAGCAGGAGCAACAGGCAUGCCGAGCACUCGCUCAGGUUUGGGAUGUUAAUCACAAAUUACAAACAGGGCUGACAUUAAUUUCCACCAUUUUCCCAAUGAUAAAGAACUGAGAAGUUGAUGAAUUCACUUGUGUGAGAGGAAAGACUUUAUAAAUGCUGAAAAUGGUCAUUUAUGCAGCUUGCAUUUUGAGACCAGUGCGUCUGAGGAGAACUUCAAAUAUAAACUGAUUGGACUACCAGCACCAAGAACACUUGUAAGGAUUACCAACAUCACAACUGCCAUGUUCUAAAGAUGUUACAACAAAAGUUUGGGGAAAAUAAACUGCACCACCACAACUGAAAAUGACCAACUGCGGCAUGGAACAAGAGAUGCCACCACCAUGGCACUAUCACCACUACCACCACCACCUAUGGCAAGGUGAUUUAAAACUAGACCUUGGGAAAUUGAACUGCACCAUUACACUUGAAAAUGAUAAUUGAAGACUGGGACAAAGAGUUGCUAUUGUAGAGCUUCAUUCCAAUGGCCACUCUGUAAAACCACCACCUUCACAACCAUCAUGGUGCCAUCAUCACUACUAGCACCUCUACAUAUGGCAAGGCGAGUUAAAGACCAAAGCUUGGGAAACUAACAACUUGAGGAUGGAGACUCUGCUGUUACAGAUCUUUGGUUGAAUAAUCCAGGAACGAAGGAUAACGAUUGCAUUUUCUCUCUACCCCGCGAAUCUACUGACAAAUAAUAUGGCAAUACCUGAACCUGUAUUGGAUUCUUUGUUUUCUUUGGCGUACUCGCCCACGGAGAAUCACAACAGGCCUGCCACUACUCGCGCCAGGCGCUCCGUCACGACCGUCUCACCUGAGGUAGUCAGCUAUGAUACAGUCGUUAACAUGAAGUUUAAGGUGAAGGGGGGCUCAGCUGAUUACCUACAGGUCACUAGUGGUUCCAGUAACGUUAUCCUGGCACCCCAGGACGAACACUCCGCUGCUGCAUGUUUCCGAGUACACAGGUUCGAUGUGUUGAACCCUUAUCCUGAAGGUGGGCAAGUGGUGGUGUUCGAGAGCCACGACGGUAACCGAUUUAUCCAGGGUGCUUCGUCAGGAGACCUCGUCAUCACGGACGGAUCGAGUAGGAGACUCCAGGAGGUGACACAGACAGACAACAGGUUCUUCCUCCUGUACAGCGACCAAGGCGACAACCACCUCAAGAUCAAACACCUCCACGCAGGACUGUUCCUGUCAGCCACCCACAGCAGGGUGUCACUGGUCAGCCACACCGGGGUCUUCUCCGACCCUAUGUUCUUCGAGGGGUUCCAGUGUACCCACUGACAUUGAAGCCUCGCAUGCCUUCUCCUCAGGUGUAACACGAGUGAUGUACAUUACAUGUGGAGCACACCUAAUGUUCAGCUAAUAUAAUCAUCACUCAUUGUCACAGGAGGUUCCCACUCAACACCAAGCACCUCACAAUACACCCUACCGCAGCCUCUGUGAAGGCCCGUCCCUUUUCUGUCAAAACUCCAAUCUGCUGAACCUCUCUCUACCAAGACUAAUUCAUACACUGAGUAACACUGUACAAAUCCCUGACUCAGUGCUACCAGGUCAAGUCAUCAUGCUUCAGAUUUGUUCACACUUGCUUACAUAGGUCAUUCAGCAGUCAACAGAUCUUAUAUUGAUUCGUGUCUUGUCUCUCAACAGUUAUUAUUUGUUGACAUAUAUAUAUA